CUCUCUUCUCCUGCAGUCCGUGAGUUCGCUCAGCCCGGUGCCCGUCUGCGUGCCAAGCCGGUGCCAGCCCGGUGCCCGCCCGUGUGCCCGGCUGUGCCCGCAUGUCCGCCCGCAGCCGACCCCCGCUCCGCCUCCGCUCAUGCCCCGCCGGCACCGCACGCCCGUGGGUCUGUCUGUCCGUCCGUCUGUGCGCGCACAUGAGAAGCGAGGAGCGAGGGGAGGCGAGACCGUCCCGUCCGUAGGCAGCGCCGGCAGCCGGUGCGAAGUGUGAGCGAGGGCUCUGCCACCUCCGGGGCUGCUGCAAGCGGACAGACCGCCUCGCAUCAUGCCAUCUUUCGAUGAGGUUUUGAAGGAGGCCGGGGAAUUUGGAAGAUUUCAGAAGAGGGUCUUUUUCCUCCUCAGCCAGACAGGCAUAACUUUUUCUUCCCUGUUCGCCAGCGUAGUUUUCCUGGGGCGAGCACCAGGCAACUUCUGGUGCAGGAUCCCCGGGGCAGCCGAAUUGAGCGAGCGGUGUGGCUGGACGCUGGAAGAGGAGCGGAACUUCACGGUGCUGCCCCUGCUCCUGGGGAACGAGUCGGCCGCUGGGCAGUGCGAGAGGCUGGAUGUCACCUGGGACGCCUCGGCCAGCUGCAGCAGCCCGCUCGGCCGCUAUAGCAAUGGCAGCGCGCCGCUCGCCCCUUGCCGUGGGCACUGGGUCUACGAACAGCCCCGAGCAUCCAUCGUCGGCGAGUACGACCUUGUGUGUGGCAAUGCCUGGAUGCUGGAUCUCUCACAGGCCAUCCUCAAUCUGGGGUUCCUGGCUGGGGCAUUCAUCCUGGGCUAUGCUGCUGACAGAUACGGCAGAAUCCUCAUCUACCUGCUCUCCUGCCUUGGGGUUGGGAUCUGUGGUAUCAUAGUGGCAUUUUCACCAAAUUUUACUGUAUUUUUGAUCUUCCGGUUUCUCCAAGGCAUGUUUGGCAAGGGAACAUGGAUGACAUGCUACGUGAUUGUGACGGAGAUCGUUGGUUCCGAUCAGCGGAUGGUUGGAAUUGUGAUUCAGAUAUUCUUUACCCUGGGAAUUAUAAUUCUCCCUGGAAUUGCAUACUUGAUUCCCACCUGGCAGGGGAUCCAGCUGGCCAUUUCACUGCCCAACUUCCUCUUCCUGCUCUACUAUUGGGUGGUUCCUGAAUCUCCACGUUGGCUCCUGACACGCAAAAAGGGAGAGAAGGCAUUGAAAAUCAUGCGCAGCAUUGCAAAACACAAUGGGAAAUUUCUCUCACCCCAUUACUCAGAGAUCACUAUUAGCAACGAGGAGGUCAGCAACCCCUCCUUUCUGGACCUGGUGAGGACUCCCCAGAUGAGGAGGAACACGCUCAUCCUGAUGUACGCCUGGUUCACAAGUGCCCUUAUCUAUCAGGGGCUUGUUAUGCGCCUGGGAAUUACCGGAGGAAACCUCUACCUGGAUUUCUUCAUCUCAGGAGCUGUGGAGCUGCCCUCUGCUUUCCUCAUCAUAGUGACAAUGGAUCGCAUCGGCCGGCGCCUGCCUUUCGCCAUGGGCAACUUCGUGGCAAGCGUGGCGUGCCUCAUCACUGCCUUCCUGCCAGAAGAUAUCCCAUGGCUCAAAACAACAGUUGCCACGCUGGGAAGACUGAGCAUCACAAUAGCUUUUGAAGUUGUCUAUCUAGUGAACAGUGAAUUGUACCCUACAACACUGAGAAACUUUGGUGUUUCCCUGUGUUCAAGUCUGUGUGAUCUUGGUGGGAUCAUAGCCCCAUUCCUGCUUUUCCGAUUAGCAGCCAUUUGGUUGGAGCUACCUCUAGUUAUUUUCAGUAUUCUUGCAGCUGUCUGUGGCCUCCUGGUAUUGCUUUUACCAGAGACAAAGGGAAUGUCAUUGCCAGAGACAGUGGAGGAUGUGGAGCAGCUUCCAAGUCAUUUUGGAAAAUGUGGCAAGAAACAGAAACACCGAGACACCAACUCUUAUAUUUGACUUUUUAAGGACAGCACUGAGCUAAGAACUUUGUUCCCAUACUGGGAAUUUGUUCUCCAGCUCCCAGCUUCUUCAGAAUUUGCUGCAGAAUAUGGAUUAAACUUCAUGUUUUCCUUCUAAGCACAAGAACAUUUAAUACAAGUAGUGUAUUUUUCUAUGAAUAUGGAAUUAAUACUUGUUUUUUCUGAGUACACCAUUUGCAAGAAGGGACUGUGGUUCUUCACAGAGAACAGAACAGCUUUAAAAAUAUGGAAUGUCCAGCUCAGUGACCUUGUAUUUAUUUCUGUAUCUAUUUGAGACUUUUGUUUAUUGUUUUGUUAGGAUUUACAUUUGUGUGGGAAGGAUUUAAAUGGUAGCGCUUGUUUAGAUGACCUUGAGGAGGAGAGGACGGCUAUUUUAACCUGUCCUCCUGUGCUCCUGAAGAAUCUGGACCAAUAGAAGUUACGAUGGCUGAAGAGGGAGGGCACUGAUCAGGGUGACACUUUCCCUGGUUGACAGGGAUGGAAAUCAGCAGUGUGCAUCAGCAGAACCUCUCUCUGGUCUGAUUGUCAUCCACAGGGACCCUUUUCAACAAGUGCCCUUCUUCCCUCCUUGUUCAAGGGCUUUCUGAAACGUGGAAGCAGUCUCCUCCUCACCUUUCCAGGGCUUUAUGUAGGAGUCAGUCCCUGCACAGGGCAUUAGUUCUGCAGCACAGAUUGUCCUGCUGCCCAUUAGUGCCUUCCCCAGACACAGCUGGGGUUCAUGUGACACCCCUCAUCUCCCCAAGGGAAGGGCUCCUGCCUCCUCUCCUCUCCUCUCCUCUCCUCUCCUCUCCUCUCCUCUCCUCUCCUCUCCUCUCCUCUCCUCUCCUCUCC